UCUUGACAGUUCUCAUCUCCAUCCGAGUAGGGGGUGGGGGUUGGUGUAGUUAUCAUAACAUCGGGGCGUUUCAGUCAAAAUACAUAUCUAUGAAUUUGCCUGCCCAUGGGACAACAGUUCCUUACAAACUCGUUGAAGUGUGAGGAAAAAUGAAUAAGCCCAAAAUGACCACAGAGAAAGGUAACUCCAGGGUGCUGAUGUUCUUGGGUCAGCUGGAGAGGCUGAAUGGGGAAGCCAUGCUGGCGGACGCUGAGAUCGCUAGGCAGAUAACUGCCAAGAUCCUUCACCUCAUCCAGACUCAAGAGAAAACACGUAAGGAGAUUAUGUCCAAGGGCUCUGGUGGCAUGGAGGUCAUCCUGGCCACUUUAGAGAACACACAGGAUCUGCAAACUACCCUGAACAUUCUGUACAUUCUGAAUGAGCUGUUAACUGUGGGUGGGGGGCGGAGGGUUGGUGUGCUUGUAUCCAAGGGGGGCACAGGCAUCCUGCUGCAGAUGCUCCUCAGUGCCAGUAAGGAGUGGCCCCCCAGCGAGGAGCUCAUGCUGCAGCUCCACUCUGUCCUGGCUAAGGUUGGACCAAAAGACAGGAAAUUUGGUGUAAAGGCCCGUCUGAACGGAGCUCUGAAUGUCACGGUGAACCUGCUGAAACAGAAUCUGCAGAACCCCAAGCUGUUGCUACCCUGCCUGCAGGUUCUACGGGUCUACUCUUCCAACUCUGUGAAUGCGGUGUCCCUGGGGAAGAAUGGGCUGGUGGAGCUCAUGUUCAAAAUCAUUGGACCCUUCAGUAAAAAGAACACCAGUCUGCUGAAAGUAGCCCUGGACACGCUGGGGGCUUUGCUCAAGUCCAAGACUAAUGCUCGGCGGGCGGUUGAUAGGGCCCACGUGCCCGUCCUGCUGUACAUCUACCAAGACUGGCACCGCAACGACACGCGCCACCGUCACAUGCUCAUCCGCAAGGGCAUCCUGGGCUGCCUGAAGAACAUCACCAACAUCAAGCUGGGACGCCGGGCCUUCCUCGACGCCGACGGAAUGAGAAUCCUUUACAACACUUCCACUGAGUGCCUGCCAGUGAGAACGCUGGACCCCCUGAUCAACACCUCCAGCCUUAUCAUGAGGAAGUGCUUCCCCAAAAACCGCCUCCCCCUACCCACCAUCAAAAGUGUCUUCCACCACCAGCUGCCCCACAUACCAGCGGGAGGGCCCGUCGCUCAGCUGUACAGUCAGCCCCCUGGGGUGGACGACGUGGUGGACGAGAGCGACGACAACGAGGACGCUGAGGCCGAGAACGACACGGAGAAUGAGGAAGACAAGGACCUGCAUGCUCAGAAUGAUGACAUAGAAACGGACAUCAGUAAACUGCGACCCAGAGAGACACCGAGCAGGCCAUUUGAGGAGCUGAAGAUUUACGAGAGAUUUUUUCUUGAGCUCUCUGAGGACUUCCAGGGAUUCAACUUUGAUAACCCAAAGGCGGCGGUGAUAGACCCGGUGACAGCCCCGAAGUCUCACUGCUCGAUCACGGUUCCCACCGCCCAGGGCCUGCCCCCAAAAUAUCCCACAACCGCCCCCCUCCAAGGGGAGCGCCACCUGGCCAAAGACGCGCGCCCCCGUCCUGAAACCUCUUCUCCGGCCCCAGCCUGUCCCCUGGACCUGGACACCAUCAACAUCACCAGGGGCCAAGAUGGCCGCCGUGACCACUCCCAAAGCCCAACACACUCGGGGGCGGAGCUGGAGCGGGAUCUGUUGCAGAAGCUUGAACAGGUGUCCUUAACCAGGCCCCAGGGUAGGGUGGGGGGGGGUCGAGGAGGAGAGGGCAGCAGGCAACAUAGACAGCCCCCUCGGCUCACUGGGGUCGUGUGUCCCCGACGGGGGGGGGUGGGUGAGGAGUCGCCAGUAGAGGAGGGGGCUGAGGAGGAUGGAGAUGAGGGGGCGGUGCUGGAGGUCCCGGACACAGCUCUGCUCCUGCCACUCCAUGACCCUGACCUCUAUGUGGAGAUGGUGAAGAGCACGCGUUCCGUGCCGCAGUACUCCCAGGUGGCCUAUCCGGACUACUUCGGCCAUGUGGCUCCCACAUUCCGAGAACACAUCCUGGAAAGGGUCUACGGCGUGCAGAGUCCUCUGCCCCCCUACAGGACCAAGAUCUUCCAGGACAUUGAGAGGCUCAUCCAUCCCAACGACAUCCUGGAUAAAGUGGUGUACGACUUGGACAUACAGAGCAGUCCAGUGGUUGACGAUGGAGAAUCUCUGAAGUUUAACUCCCAAUUUGAGUCUGGCAACCUGAGGAAAGCUAUUCAAGUCAGAAGGUAUGAGUACGAUCUGGUCCUGAACUCAGACAUCAACAGCAACCACUACCACCAGUGGUUCUAUUUUGAGGUGAGCGGCAUGUGUGUGGGAGCCCCUUAUCGCUUCAACAUCAUCAACUGUGAAAAGUCCAACAGCCAGUUCAACUACGGAAUGCAGGUGCUGAUGUACUCCGUCCAGGAGGCCAUUGGUGGCCGGCCCCGCUGGGUUCGCACUGGAGCUGACAUCUGUUACUACAAAAACCACUUCUCCAGGAGCUCGAUAGCAGCAGGCGGUCAGAAAGGGAAGUCCUACUACACCAUGACCUUCAGCAUGACCUUUAACCACAAGGAUGAUGUCUGCUACUUUGCCUACCACUACCCCUACACCUACUCUACUCUAAAGAUGCACCUGCAGAAGCUAGAGGCCCUGCGGACCCCUCAGGUCUACCUGCGCCAGGACAUCCUCUGUGAGACGCUGGGGGGCAACGGGUGCCCCCUCCUCACCAUCACCGCCAUGCCUGAGUCCACCAGCAACGAUCAGAUCUGCCAGUUCAGGAACCGUCCUUUGGUGUUCCUGUCUGCGCGGGUGCACCCCGGUGAGACCAACGCCAGCUGGGUGAUGAAGGGCACCCUGGAGUUUCUGAUGGGUACCAGCCCCCUGGCUCAGAGUCUCAGGGAGGCCUACAUCUUCAAGAUAGUCCCCAUGCUUAACCCUGAUGGGGUGGUGAACGGAAAUCACCGUUGUUCUCUGAGUGGAGAGGAUCUGAACCGACAGUGGCAGAGUCCCAGUCCAGAGCUGCAUCCCACCAUCUACCACACCAAGAGCCUGCUGCAGUACCUCACUGCAAUCCAGAGGGCGCCACUGGUCUUCUGUGACUAUCACGGUCACUCCCGCAAGAAGAACGUCUUCAUGUACGGUUGUAGUCUGAAGGAAACCGUGUGGCAGACCAACAUCAGCGCCACGUCCUGUGACCUGCAUGAAGACCUGGGCUACAGGACUCUGCCCAAGAUCUUGUCCCAGAUAGCGCCAGCCUUCAGCAUGGCCAGCUGCAGCUUUGUGGUGGAGCGCUCCAAGGAGGCCACGGCACGCGUCGUGGUGUGGAGGGAAAUGGGAGUCCAGCGUAGCUACACCAUGGAGAGCACACUCUGUGGCUGUGACCAGGGCAAAUACAAGGGUCUCCAGAUAGGCACCAGGGAGCUGGAGGAGAUGGGAGCCCAGUUCUGUGUAGCUCUGCUCAGGCUGAAACGACUGACCUGUCCCUUGGAGCUGAGGAACCAUGCACACCUGCUGGAUGUGGAGAGUGACUUUAUCGAGACACGCUGCAAAGUCACAAGCAGCCCGAGUACGUAUGUGCUGGAGGACGAGGAGCACUCCUUCAUGGAGGAGGUGGACUACAGUGCGGAGAGCGGCGACGAACUGGAGCACGAGCCUGACGUCGCCGACACACACGACAACCACCUCUCCGACUCUGAGUCCAACAGCCAAAGAGACGCGCUUACCUAGCUCACACGGCCCAAUGACUACCAAAAAAACCCACCCUAGCCAAAACCUGACCACCGCCACUUUCCACACUCUUAACCCUGAUCCACAGGCUAGCGAUGUCUGCUUGCCAUUUUCUGACCUCACUUUGACAAACCCAGGGGUACAGUCCCCCUGUAUUACCUCUGGUCUUGCUGCGGCAUGAAUAUCACAGCCGUGCUUUAUCUGCCUUGCAUAUCUCACGCUGAUUUAAGAUGCAAUGUUUAGAAGUGGUAUUUAAUGAACAUUAGACAAAUUACACAAGGGUUUUGGUGUAUUGUCCCCAUUUGUUGUGAAAAUGAGUGUUGCACAGAGGAUCUAUGACUUAAUGGUCAAACAGGUGGAAUCUACAUUGUGGUCAUAUUUGCAUAAAGACUAGAGUAUUACUCAAUGACCAAACUAUAACAGUAACGCACAGUAAGCAUAAAACAAAGGUAGCAAGCAAUGUAGAACCAUUUGCACACAUAACACUUAAAUGUGAGUACAGUAUGCAUGAACGCAGAGGUACAAGAGAACAAAGAUCACAUUUAGGACCCUCUUUGCACAGUAAAAGGUCAAACGCUCAGCCCAAAGCUGACGCUGCCUUUCUGGAACUGUUCGUCAGUAUUCAGAUGUACAUGUAUUUCUCCAGUCUGCCUGUAAGCUUAGUUGGUUUUCCGCACAGUGCAAUGGUACUCAGUUUUAAUGCUUUUUGGGGAGAGGUUUAGAGAUUUUUGUUUACAUAUUGUUUUGGUUGACUUUAAGGUUCCUACAUUUUG